AUGGGAGAUAUUCGAGCUUCGAAUGCCGAUGCCGCACGCCCCGAUGUCCCAAGUGCCGAACCGUCCGAGCGGGAGGUCACUGUGCUCGUCACCGGAUUUGGCCCCUUCCUCGACGAAUUCCCCAUAAACCCCUCGUGGGAAAUCGCCCGCAGCCUCCCCUCGCACCUCACGCUGCCGCCCCAACCACCAAUCCCCUCCUCCUCCCCCUCUGCUCCCAACACCAAACCCCCUUCACCCACCAAAAUCAAAAUCAUCACUCCCCCGGCCCCUCUCCGCGUCUCCUACCACCCCACCGCCACCAUCCUGCCCGAACUCCUCACCACCCACGCCCCCGACCUCGUCCUCCACAUCGGCCUCGCCGCCGGCCGCGAUUUUUUCGCCAUCGAGCGCUCGUCGGCCCGCCUCGGCUACGCCCGCAACGACGACGUCGACGGCCGCCGCUGGACGAGCGCCGAGUCCGACGCCGCGUGGCCGCGCUACCCGGAGCGGUUGGAGACGGGCUUGGGUUUCGCGGGGGUGUGGGAGGGGUGGAGGGGGGGUUGUUGUGAGAGGGUGGAGGGGGUGGUGGGGGAUGAGAGGGUUGAGAGUGAGGGGGCCAGGGGGAGGAGGGGGGGUGGUGGUGGUGGGGAGAGGAAGGGGAGGAGAAAGGUGGCGAUCAGGCCGUUUGAUAAUGUGGGGAGUUAUCUUUGUGGGUUUAGCUAUUAUACGAGUUUGGCGUGGUUUUGGGCGAGGGAGUGCGAGAGGGAGGCGCAGGGUGUGCUGCAGCAGGAGGGGGUGGAGCGGCCGGUGUUGUUCUUGCAUGUGCCGGGGUGUCCGGAGGAUGAGGAUGUGGUGCAGGGGACGGAAAUUACGGAGGAGCUGAUUAAGGCGAUGGUCGCGUGUUGGGUGGCGCAGAAGGAACGGAAUGAGAAGCAGAGUCAGGCGAUAGCGGCGUAG